AUGAACCGGCGAGGUGCGGUGCAAAAGAAGGUUCCGUGUUUAUUCGUGACCGAAAUGAAGGAGGAGCCAUCGGCUAAGCGGGAGCGCCAGCCAUUUAAAGUUUUGGCAACUGAAACUCUCAGUGGAAAAGCUUUAGAGGCAGAUCUGUCCAGUGCCAUUCCUACUGAAAAGGUGGAUGGGACCUGCUGCUAUGUCACUGCCUAUAAAGGGAAGCCCUGCCUGUGGGCCAGGCUGGACCGGAGACCCUCCAAGCAGGCUGAGAAGAGGUUCAGACACUCCCUGUAUGCACUGGAUGGCUGCAAAGAAUUUGUUUGGAAUGUUGAAGAGGAUUUCAAGCCUGUUCCAGACACCUGGAUUCCAGCCAAGGACAUUGAGUUCUCUAAUGGCAACCCUUUGCCUGAUGAAAAUGGCCACAUGCCAGGCUGGGUGCCCGUGGAGAAGCACAGCAAGCAGCACUGCUGGCACUGCUCUGCUGUCAGCUACGAGGCAGAGGUGGCUCUGGUGCUGAGGCACCACAGGGAGCCAGGCCUGCUGGAGAUCAGCCCUGUGCCCCUGGCAGAGCUGCUGGAGCAGACCCUGGAGCUGAUUGGGACCAACAUCAAUGCCAAUCCCUACGGGUUAGGAAGCAAGAAGCAGCCAGUGCACCUUCUUGUUCCACAUGGAGCUUUUGAGAUCAAGAACCCCCCUGCUCUGAAACAAAAAGCCAUCCUCUCUUGGUUUGAGGGCUGCAGUGAGGGGAGAGUGGAAGGAAUUGUAUGGCACUGCCAUGAUGGCUGCUUGAUCAAGCUCCAUCGCCACCACCUAGGCUUACGCUGGCCCCUGGCAGAGCCUCACCUGAGUUCCCAGCCUGUGGUCAUCUCUUUCCACACAACUGAGCACCACUUUGACUUUGAACCAAAGAGUUUGUUUCACCAUUUUGCCAAGCUGGAUGGGCAAAGAUUUGACAGACUCCAGGACAUCAAGUUUGAUGCUUGAAAUCAUCUUCCUCUUCCCAGUGACCUGUUUGCUCUGCUGCCUUCCUCUCACUUCUGUCUCCCUGGACCUCUGCAGGUUAUCUCCCAGCUUAGGCAGCAGGCCAGGUGCUUGCUGCCAGAUGUUCCUCGAGAACUAACUUUAUUCCGAAAAAUCCUCCCCUUCUCAGGGGAACUGUUAGGGUUGAGUGUCAGAAACCUGCUGUCUCUCAUUGGCUGGUCCUGGUGCCUUAGCUGGGGAAGGCACUCUG